AGUUUUAUAAAACGAACUCGCGGAACUGAAACGAGGGAAAUGUUCACUGCAAAUGCAAAUGGUCGCUGGUGGAGUUGGUGUGUGAAGCAUUUGAUUAUCCGUUAGCAUCGCAACUCGAAUUGAAAAAUAUUUUCAUUUGCAAGAAUGGAUACGAAUAAACAACAUCGAUGAAAGAUACUCGGUUUUUUCUUUAGCAAUUGAAUAAAAAAAAAGCUUAUCAAAAUGUAUUUGUACAAUUUGACCCUCCAACGUGCCACAGGUAUUACCCAUGCGGUACAUGGGAACUUCUCUGGCAGUAAAAUGCAAGAGAUUUUGGUUUCCCGCGGCAAAUCUUUAGAAUUAUUAAGACCAGAUCCAAAUACUGGAAAAGUUCAUACUUUAUUGACCGUCGAAGUAUUUGGAAUCAUACGGUCGCUCAUGGCCUUCAGGCUGACCGGUGGCACGAAAGAUUACAUCGUCGUUGGAUCAGACUCGGGACGGAUUGUAAUUUUAGAAUAUAUUCCUGCCAAAAAUGUUUUUGAGAAAGUGCAUCAAGAAACUUUCGGGAAAAGUGGUUGCAGACGAAUCGUACCUGGACAAUACUUGGCCAUAGAUCCCAAAGGAAGAGCAGUAAUGAUAGGAGCAAUUGAGAAACAGAAACUUGUUUAUAUUUUAAACAGAGACCCCGAAGCUCGUCUGACGAUCUCGUCACCGUUGGAAGCGCACAAGAGCAACACAUUGGUUUACCAUACCGUGGGAGUAGAUGUAGGUUUCGACAAUCCUAUGUUUGCCUGUCUAGAAAUCGAUUACGAGGAGGCAGAUAGCGAUCCUACGGGAGACGCGGCAGUAAAAACGCAACAAACGUUGACUCUGUAUGAGCUCGACCUCGGUUUAAAUCACGUCGUACGAAAAUACAGCGAGCCGCUGGAAGAACACGCAAAUUUUCUUGUGUCGGUACCUGGUGGAAACGACGGUCCCAGCGGCGUUCUAAUUUGUUCCGAGAACUAUUUGACGUACAAAAAUUUGGGGGAUCAACACGAUAUUCGUUGCCCGAUCCCUAGAAGACGUAAUGAUCUCGACGAUCCGGAAAGAGGCAUGAUAUUCGUGUGCUCGGCCACUCACAAGACCAAGAGCAUGUUCUUCUUCUUGACUCAAACGGAGCAAGGAGACAUAUUCAAGAUCACGCUGGAAACUGACGAGGAUAUGGUUACUGAAAUUAAAUUGGAGUACUUCGAGCCGGUCGCGGCGAGCAUGUGCGUUUUAAAAACGGGAUUCUUAUUCGUAGCUUCGGAGUUCGGUAAUCAUUACCUCUAUCAAAUACCGCAUUUAGGAGACGAUGACGAUGAACCAGAAUUCAGUUCCGCUAUGCCACUGGAAGAAGGUGAUACGUUCUUCUUUGCACCGAGGCCACUCAGGAAUUUAGUAUUGGUCGACGAGAUGGACAGUUUAUCCCCGAUAAUGGCGUGUCAGUCUUCAUCAUCAUUGUUAUUACAUUCUGCUCAGGUGUACCCCGACGGGAUACGUCACAUACGAGCGGACAAGCGAGUGAACGAGUGGAAGGCUCCCGGUAAAAAGACUAUAGUAAAAUGCGCGGUGAAUCAGCGUCAGGUGGUGAUCGCGCUCACCGGAGGAGAAUUGGUAUACUUCGAGAUGGAUCCCACGGGACAAUUAAACGAAUAUACGGAGAGAAAGAAGAUGCCGUCGGAAGUAAUGUGCAUGGCGCUGGGUAACGUGGCGAUCGGUGAACAGAGAUCUUGGUUCCUGGCCGUCGGCCUCCAGGAUAACACCGUCAGAAUAAUCUCUUUGGACCCUUCGGACUGUCUAGCGCCGAGAAGCAUGCAAGCUCUGCCGGCAGCCGCGGAGAGCUUGUGCAUCGUUGAAAUGGGUGCCAAGGAUGCAAACAAUUCCGAGGAACUAUCGCUCCAGCACUCGAGUCUUUACUUGAACAUAGGUUUGCAGAACGGCGUAUUAUUGAGGACGGUACUAGAUCCUAUCUCGGGUGAUCUCGCGGAUACGCGUACUCGAUAUUUGGGUUCUCGACCAGUUAAGUUGUUCAGAAUAAAGAUGCAAGGAAAUCAAGCCGUGCUUGCGAUGAGCAGCCGAUCCUGGCUGAGCUACUACUACCAAAAUCGUUUUCAUCUGACCCCGUUGUCUUACGAGAGCCUGGAAUUCGCGUCUGGCUUCAGUUCCGAACAGUGUCCCGAGGGCAUCGUCGCGAUUUCCACGAACACUCUCAGGAUUCUCGCUCUCGAGAAGCUGGGAGCGGUGUUCAAUCAGAUCAGUUUCCCUCUCGAGUAUACACCCCGUCAAUUCGCGAUCCACUCGGAUUCGGCGCAUCUUAUAAUCAUCGAAACGGAACACAACGCGUACACGGAGGAAACCAAGCAACAGAGGAGGUUGCAGAUGGCCGAGGAGAUGCAAGAAGCCGCGGGUGUGGAAGAAGCUGCCGUCGCGAGGGAGUUGGCGGAAGCGUUCUUGUCCGAGGAACCGAACGAAGCCGUAUUCGGUGCGCCGAGAGCUGGCCCAGGCUUUUGGGCAUCUUUGAUCAGAAUAAUAGCGCCUACCAGGACUUUCGAGAUUCAUCGGUUGGAGCAAAACUAUGUCGCUUACUGCUUGAGUCUCGUAAAGUUCAUGAAUCAGGGCGAUCAGCUGUUCCUCAUCGUAGGCGUGGCGAAGGAUUUCCAGCUGAAUCCAAGAGUCAGCACCGGUGGUUUCCUCUACACGUACAAAGUGAACGCGGAGUGUACCAGUCUGGAGCUAGUGCACAAAACUAUUUUGGACGAGGUACCUUUGGCUAUUUGCCCGUAUCAGGGAAGGGUGUUGAUCGGUGUUGGCAGGAUGCUACGAUUGUACGACAUGGGCAAGAAGAAACUUCUGCGAAAGUGCGAGAACAAGCACAUUCCUAACGCCGUCGUUUCCAUCAACGCUAUCGGGCAAAGGAUUUACGUGAGCGACGUUCAGGAAUCCGUUUACGCUGUCAGAUACAAACGUCAAGAGAACCAGCUCAUAGUCUUCGCCGACGACACGCAUCCGAGGUGGAUAACGACGACGUGUGUACUCGAUUACGAUACCGUCGCUACUGCCGAUAAAUUUGGAAAUAUUGCCGUUAUUCGUUUGGCGAGUGGAAUCAAUGACGACGUGGACGAAGAUCCGACUGGUAACAAAGCUUUAUGGGACCGAGGUUUGUUAAACGGCGCCAGCCAAAAGGCUGACACGGCCGCUUGUUUCCACGUCGGCGAGACGGUAAUGUCUUUGCAAAAGGCCACCCUUAUUCCUGGCGGCUCGGAGAGCUUGGUCUACACGACGUUGAGCGGAACCGUUGGCGUUCUCGUCCCGUUUACGAGCCACGAGGAUCACGACUUCUUCCAACACUUGGAGAUGCACAUGCGAUCGGAACAUCCACCCCUAUGCGGCAGGGAUCACUUGUCCUUCAGGUCGUACUAUUAUCCUGUGAAAAACGUGAUCGACGGGGACCUCUGCGAGCAGUUCAACUCUAUCGAGCCGGCGAAACAGAAGAGCAUAUCGGGCGAUCUCGAGCGUACGCCGUCCGAGGUAUCGAAGAAGCUCGAGGAUGUUCGUACACGAUACGCCUUCUAACUUUAUCUAUUUAUUAAACUGGACGAUUUUUGCAUUCCGUUUCUAAGAAGGUUUGGCUUCAUUUU